ACUUUUUAAGCAGUUUCGCGGGUUGGUCGCAGUUCACUCGCAGAAGCCACCAGUGAGCAAGAAGUUCCCUCCUGGGUUUUUUUGGGGGGGAGUUAUUUUUCUGUUUCUUUUCUUCCAUUUUCUUUCACAUAUAGUUUGUUCAGGUUUGAUUUCUAGCGCGCAGAGCUUCCCUCCCUUCUCUCUUACAUGAACAAGUCCCCACGGUCAUUUUCUGUUACGAACUGUGCGACGUGGCUCGCGAUGGAUUUAAGUAUAUAGAAGAGGGGAACGAUCUAAAAUCACUAAAUUCGUGACAUUGAAUUAUCCACACGUACAGUCUCUUGCCCAGCAUAUUUUUUAUUAAUCUGUUUUAUGUCGAUUAUGGUUUGCCCUUAAUAAGGAUAGAAAACGAGUUUGCCUGCUACAGACUUACUUAGGAACGGAGGGCGGCGAGUGUAUAGAGAACCAAAUAUAAUUGAAUUCUCUUUGGAUGCCCCUGAAUUGGAAUGUGUGAAAGCUGAAGGCGCAGCAUGAUCGGUAAUUAACCUCUAUUGUGAGAAGGUGAGAGAAGUAGUCUCUUCAUUCCUUUGGACUUUCCUGGAGAUCUGUCCCCUUUUUUCUCCUUGAUAUAGGAUAUCAUGUCUCAGGAAAGUCAGCAUGGGAAAUGGACAUUGUCCAGUAGUGAAGAUAGUAUGGAUGAGUUAGCUGAUUCUGAGAAGCCUUCUACCUCUGUGAGGCAGAGAGGUCAGGAAAUUAAAGAGAGUGGCCGCUCAUGCUCAGAGGCCAGGAAAGCUGCUCUCAAGAGAAAAAUGUCUCCUCUGAAAUACGUAGCUGGAAACUUUUCACAGGAGGAGGCCUCAGAUCAGAAAUUUGCCCAGGAAGAUUUUGGCUGGUGUCUUUCCAGUAGUGAAGAUGAGGAUCUUAAAAACUCGAGUGGAAAUAGAGAUGCAAUAACUACAGUCAGAAAAGUAGAAAGUGGUACACCCAUGGAGCUACCAACAGCUUGUAAGAUUUUAUCAAGUCACAAGUCUGCAGACCCAUCUGAAGUGCAGGACAAAUGGGAUCUGUUGAAUGGGCAGAACCCUUUCAGAUUCUUCCUUACCAAAGUCAAAGGAAUUAAGUCAAAGUACAAUUCUGGAGCCCUUCAUAUAAAAGAUAUUUUAUCUCCUCUUUUUGGGACUCUUGUAUCUUCUGCUCAGUUUAAUUAUUGUAUAGAUGUGGAAUGGCUGGUCCAACAAUAUCCAAAGGAAUUCAGGGACAAACCUUUAUUAAUAGUCCAUGGAGAGAAGCGAGAAUCCAAGGCUGAGCUACAUGAAGAUGCUCACCCGUAUAAAAAUGUUCGUUUAUGCCAGGCAAAAUUGGAUAUUGCCUUUGGAACGCACCACACGAAAAUGAUGUUGUUGAAUUAUGAAGAAGGCCUUCGAGUGGUGAUACAUACAUCUAAUCUUAUUGAUGAUGAUUGGUACCAGAAAACACAAGGAAUAUGGCUAAGUCCUUUGUAUCCAAGAUUGCCUCCUGGGAGUGCUGAUUCAGAUGGUGAAUCUCAUACAAAUUUUAAGUCAGAUCUAAUAAGCUACUUGAUAUCUUAUAAAUCUCCUAGUCUGAUGGAGUGGGUUGAAAUAAUUAAGCAACAUGAUCUUUCAGAGACAAGAGUAUAUCUUAUUGGGUCAACUCCAGGUCGAUAUCAAGGUAAUGCAAAAGAAAAAUGGGGUCAUCUUAAACUGAGAAAGCUUCUGAAGGAACAAGCAACACAAAUACCUGAUCAAAAUUCUUGGCCUAUAAUAGGACAAUUCUCAAGUAUUGGAUCAAUGGGAGUUGAUCAGUCCAAAUGGCUGUGUUCAGAAUUUAGAGAAAGUUUGGGGAGUUUAGGAAGCAAUUUGAAGAAUCCUCCAAAUCAAAUUCCUAUCCAUCUGAUUUACCCAAGUGUUGAAAAUGUGAGACAGAGUUUAGAAGGUUAUCCAGCUGGAGGUUCUCUUCCAUAUAGUAUGCAAACUGCACAAAAGCAGCUUUGGCUACACUCUUAUUUCCACAAAUGGUCAGCUGAAACUUCAGGUCGUAGUCAUGCAAUGCCACAUAUUAAAACUUACAUGAGAGUAUCCCUGGAUUUCCAGAAGAUUGCAUGGUUUCUAGUGACAAGUGCCAAUCUUUCCAAGGCUGCUUGGGGAGCUUUUGAGAAAAAUGGCACCCAGCUGAUGAUCCGAUCAUAUGAACUAGGAGUUCUGUUCCUGCCUUCAGAGUUCGGCUUGAAUACAGGAUAUUUCCAAGUAAAGGAAAGCAUGUUUGCUAAUACAUCAAUAUUGUCAUUUCCUGUUCCUUAUGAUCUGCCCCCUGAAAAGUAUGAAAACAAAGACCGUCCAUGGAUUUGGAAUAUUCCUUACACCAAAGCUCCCGAUACACAUGGCAAUAUGUGGGUUCCGAAAUGAAUAGUUUAAAGUAAUUCUGAAUCUUUAUUCGGAAUCAUUUGAAUACCUGUAAGAUUUUAUGCUUUAUAUCUGUACAUUUUAUUAUAUAUCUGUAUACUUGGAAAAAAAUUUUUAAAUAAAAUAAAUAUUACAGCAUUUUUUUAAAAAAUAACCGAUUUGAAGAUUAACAGUACUAAAUCUCGUGAUAAAUCAUACUUUUGAAAUUACAUGUAUUUAGACAGUCAUUGUUUAGUGACCAUAAUUGGGAUUAGCAACUCAGUCAUUAAGCGAAGUAGUCACUAAAUGAAAUAGCUAAUAUUCUUUUGAUCUUACUUCAUCUUUCAUUUGCUUUACAGCCCUGCCAAGUCAUAAAUAUGAGGAUUCUUACAUAAUAUUUUUCGUCACUGUCGUAACUGUCUGGUCACUAAAUGAGGCAAAUGCUAAACAAGGUCCACCUGUAAAUUAGAAAAUUUAGAAAUGGCCAUGUCAGAUAGUUGUCUUUUUUAGCCAAAUAACUUUAAUCUUUCUGGGGAGUUUUGUGAAAUUUUCAACGUGAUAAAAGAGAAAAUUUAUAAAAAAUUGAAAUAAAGUAUCCAGCUGUUAGCAAUGAAAAAUGAGCAUUUGGUAUAUUUUAAUAUUAAUGUGUUUGUGAAUUACUUAGACAAGCCAAUAAUAGAGCAAGAAAUAUUCAAGUCACUGGGAUUACUCAUGAAUACAUUACAUAAUUGAUUCAAGAUAUUCAACUAUAUUAGAAUUUUGAGGGGGGGGGGAACAGUACUUAUGGCAGUAUUUUGCUUUUAUAUCAUUGAACUUUAUGGUAAAUAUUAAACAAAUUUUGGAGAUUCAGUGAAUCUUCAGAUACUACAUGUGGCAUUUAAAAAAAAUUGUUUCCAUAACAACUUAGAAUUCAUAAAAAUCUGAAAUAUGAAAACCUUCAAGUUUAGUGUAAUUUACACUAAGGUAGUUAAAUCAUUUAGAAUAAGAGUUUAUGGAGCACAAAUGCUGUGCUGUACUCAGAAAAAAAAGAACCAUAAAAUACUCCCAUUAUAUUUCAAGAACUAAUGUUUGGGGGAAAACAUUUUAGAAAAAAUCAUUUAAGUAGCAAAUAACAGACUGUAGAUGAGUUGGGGAUUAUAAUAUUAUAAAUGUAUUUUAUAUGUGUAUAUUACUUUCCUUUUUUGUUUCUGCUUUUCCUGUUUUUGUAUGUAAUUAAUGUUUGAGCUAUUUGAUACUGGGGAAAGUUGAACAUUAAGUGUACAGAUCAUUGUGAUAUGUAAAAAUGGGUAGGACUUCAGUCACAUCGUUGUGACCACACCCUGACUUAUUGCAAAUACCCGCUGCAUAGAUCUUCUAAUCAAAGCCCAAGAUUUGAAUACUUUGCUAUUUACAUUAAUGCAGAAAACUAUUCUUCUCAUUACU